CUAGUCUUUGCCAUGCUCUCUACUCUUUUCGCGUUAUAGUACUCUCCAUUUUUCUCUUCUUUGUGGCAUCAGAUGUCACAAUCAUGGGAGAGCCCCCCACCGCUAUCAGUAGUGAGGAGUCGCCCGGGAUGGUUGAGAUUGCCAAUACAAAUAGUAUACCUGGCCAGCCUAACGCUUUCAUCUAUAGUAGUGGAUCCCAUGCUGUCCGUUUGCGCAGGAUUAACUUCAAAGACACGGGCGAAAGUGGCAAGAUGUGUACGGUGGGGAUCAACUACGUAGAAACGCCCCUAAACUUGACACUCACCCCACUGCCGGUAGAUGGCAAUGACAAAGGUAUCAAACUCGGCAUGGACAUGGGACCGAUCUACCAAGGAGAGCAUGUCAAGCUCAUGACAGUUGGCCAGUGCGAGUCUCCAUCGGUUACAAACAAGCUGGUGUUUCCGGGGGUAGUUGUACCUGUAACCGAUGGCAUAUGCACCGCAUCGGCGCACGUGUACGUCCCUGUUGCGAGUGUGGCAGGUUGUGGGCUUAAGAGUUCGAAUGAGGACACACUCGGCUCGUAUGAGGUACCGAUCACCGUUAAGGUCGAAGAAGAAGUUUGGCACCAGUCCAAAGACGUCGGCAACCAGGCAGCGCUCAUGCGAGAAACCUCCGCGGAGAUAUCGCUUAGCUUUACACUCAAUGAAGAGACCAAAAUUUUGGCUCAAUGUUACGAGACCAGCGCGGUACCAAUAGCGGUAGAGGAUGCGUAUUCACUGGUGAAUAUGGUUGAUAUCAAGCGCAUCACGACUAAUAACAAUGACUCCGAUAUGUCUGAGGCUACACUUAGCUUUAGGGUGCCAGCGCCCUAUACACUGACAGGAGGUGAUGCUGAAAACUACACUCUGGAAGAGGACUGUACAGCGUCUCCGUGUGUGCAGAAAUCAACAUACAACAUCAGCGGGUGCCGCUUGGGCGGGCUCUCGCACUUUACCUACCCAAUCAAAUGCCAGGAAGGGGCGGCCGAUUGCCCUUCCGAACCAGCCACCAGCAUAGAAGUGGCUGUGAAUGUGAUUAUGAACUCGUUCUGCGAGCUCACGUUCAAAGACAUCUUUGAGACCACGCAAGUGCUGUACACGGACGAUACAUACACGACGGAGAGAGAAGCCUCGGAUGUGUACAAGGUGAAAGAUCAGAUCUGCCAGAAGCUCAGCUACCUACCCAAGGAGCACCCGGACGUGUCUAGCAAUGAGAUUGUGAUGCUCUCCGUCAAGUCUAUUACACGGGAGGUGCUCAACGACACGGCGGAGUGUGAGGACUGGGAUGGCACCGCGUCUAUGGGGCAGGCCUUUCAGGUGGUGCCCCCCGGAGGGACCAUCAACUACUGCUUCUCCGUGUCGAAUAAGAUGUCCUGUCCAAUUAUCAAUGGGGAUGGGCUCAACCCCAUGAAUGUGACUACGACGGUGGAGUUCGAGUACAAUGGUAGGUGA